CUGAACCCUAAGGAAAUGUCCCAAUAACCGCUUAAAACGAUCUAACAUGAUUUAAUACACUAAAUGAAUACACAGUUUAGUUAAACUACAACACCACUGUUUUACUGAAACCUAAGAUCGGAGUGAAUUGUGUAAAAAUGGGUCUCGAUCCUGCCGCUCUGCGUUUAGAUGAGCAGUUACUGCAGUUCAUGGAUCAGCUGGAGAUUCUAGAGGAGAAAAGAGAAAAGCUGAACUCACUUAUAGAAGAGGGAUGGUUUAAUAUAUCCAAGGCUCGUUACUCGAUGGGAAACAAGCAUGUCUCAGCACUGCAGUAUGCCAGUGAGAUGAAGCCGUUGGUCCAUGUUCAAGCCAGCCUGUCAGAAGAAGGUGAAGUCGAGUUUCAGUGUGAGCGAAAGGAUAUCAUACCAGAAGAACCGAAAGAAAGUGGUGCAGUCGAGACUAUAGGACCAACAGAAGGAGGCCUGAGACGACGUGUGAAUAUCAAACAAAAAGACACUGAGGAUGAAAACACUUCAGAAGAGCAGAGUGAGAAAAAAAUCCUGUUUAACACACAGAGUGAGAACUCCACAUGUCAGCACCAAGAUCCUCUAAAAUGGUUUGGAAUUCUUGUACCACACAAUCUCAGGCAAGCGCAGGCUGCUUUUAAACAAGUCAUCAAUCUAUCAGCAGAGAUUUCAACCCUACAGAGUGCAAUUCUGAAAACUAGAAAGGAGAUGCAGCAUGAGGUGAAAGAGAAACAGAAGAUUUCUUCUAAACUAAAGGAAUAAUUCAGUAUAUAUGUGGUACAUUUUUACCUUUUGUUUGUGAUUUUUGUCUCUCAAAUGUAUCAACAUAGUAUUUCUAACUAUAAAUCAAGUGUAAAUAAAUGCAUAAUUACUAGCAA